GAGCUUCCCGAGAAGUCAAGAGGUUACGCUCCAGUCUUAAGCUGCUUUGUCUCAAACCAUAGCGUCUGAGAAGUAAAGGGUGCUGCUUCUCAGCUAACAGCCAUGGCUCUUGGACUCCUUCUGCAGGUUUCCUGCAUCUGUUUCAUUCUAUUUGAUUGCAGUACUGCUCUACCAGUUCUGAGAAGGUACGGAUCUACAGACAUGCACAACAUCGGCGACGAUGCAGAUGACGAAGUGUUAAUUACCUCAAACUUUGAUGAGAGUACCUGGCAGGCUUCAAAUAACAAACUAUCAGGCCCUGUGCACACACGCUAUGACCAACAGCCAAAUCCUGUCCCAUAUCAGCCGCUCACACAAAGUGCUCCUGGGCUGGGGGGACUUUCUGAUGUUGAAUCAGGAGGCUGGGGGACAGACCGGGACAAACUCUUUCCCUACCUGCCAAUGGAACCAGUUAAGCCUCAGUCAGGCCCUGUCCAACCACAAUCCCCGGUCUACCAGAAGCCUGCACCACAGUCUCCAAGCUUUAGUACAUGGCAGUCCGAGCCAGCUAGCAGUGGUUAUGCUGGUUAUGUUCCCCAUCUUUUCAAUGAGGAAGUCUUUCAAUAUCCCUCUGAGAAUACAGACUCCUCACAAGGACCAGCCUACCAGAAGCCUGCGCCACAGUCUCUAAGCUCUGGUACAUGGCAGUCCAAGCCAGUUAGCAGUGAUUAUGGUUAUGCUGGUUAUGUUCCCCAUCUUGAGAAUCCCUCUGGGAAUACAGACUCUUUCCCUGUUUAUGAAGGAGGUCCUAGUCAAGCCAAUUACUUUGCCCGUCCCCCUCCCCCACCCCCACCUCAUUCAAGCUACAUCAUCCAGUCCAGAAAUGGCUACCUGCAUGCCCGGUACCUCCUCACUCACUCGAAGUACACGCCAGAAUUUCCUGCUGCGAUGCCUUCAAUGGUGAAUGCUGUCACUCGUCCUGCACCCAGUAACGCAGCUGCUCCGAAAGGCGUGAAGAACCCUCAAAGAGCCAACUGGUAACCAAAAUGAAUAAGGAUCAUGAACCCUUGGCGAAAAACUGUAUCCUGAUUUCUGGGUAACCAGAGACUGUUUCCAUGGGAAGAUAAAAGUAUAACUUUUAAAACUGAA